UAAUGUGUGUAAAGAAUAACUCUAGACGACGAAUCUCCAACGUAAUACAACGCGACGAAUACGUUAACUAAUCAUUAAUUAACUGUCGAUCCCCUGUAAUGUUUUGUAUAAAGUACACGAGGAAAUUGAAAUUAAAAUCAGUUGAAGGCAUAAACACACCACAAUAGACACUCGAACUGAAGUAUUGGUCUGAAGAGUUCGUGUUUUAUUUGGAAUUAAAUUGCAUUCGUUGCAUUGAUUCUGGACUUUUGUUUUACAUAUUUAGAUUAUAGUGUAAGUAUUGUGAUCAAUUUAAGUAUACCAUAAGCAUGGACGAAAUGAUACUGCAUGUGAACAAAUGGACAUCACUAGUUGUGUUGUCAUGUAUCCUUACUCUACCUACAACACUUGGACAAGCUACGGCCGGAAGUCACCCUAUGUUGGCCUCGCUGUUCAACGUCGCCAACAACAUGCAACUAAUUAACCAACAAGGACAACAGGGAGGCGCACAUGUUCAACCAAUGCGGCCAAAUUUCAGUACACCUCCCCCACGGCUGGCCGAUCCAACGAACAACCUUCAUCAAAUAAUUCCUGGAUUUCCACAAGCGGUGCCAGUGCACAAGCGACCAGGAACACAUCAUACAGGAAUAUCUACUGGUGCUGAUAAGCCACACCUGCCAGGGUUCCAACAGCAGCCGACUUGGUCUGUAUUGUCCGGUCAACACGAUACGAAAAAGAUUAUCGGGGUUUCCCAGGAAACAAAUGGUGGUCCUCAAGUCGGAAAAUUACCAGAUAUUACAGAUGGACACAGACCUGUAAUCGCGGACGCAGCUGACAUGAUGUGUGGCCUCUGCAUGCAAACGAAUAACUAUACUUGCAUCCAGAAAUGGUGCAUGCAAACGAACGGUCCAUCCGCCUCAGAAAGCGUGCUCAUCGAUUCAAAUACAAAUGACCUUAGGCAAAACAUUCCCACUAAUCCUAGCUUCGUGGGAAAUGUUGCCGACUCCAAUGUGAAUGUGCAGGCCUUAGACUUCGCGAACAAUGGUCCAGCCGGGAUCCUGGAUGUACUCAAAAAGCACCCACUUCUCGGGGCAGGGUUUUCAAUGACAGGGGCAGGCCAAUCACAGCCCAACGUUGCCGUUCUGCCAUCAUUGGGAAAUGAUCAGGUCGUUUUUCAAAAUAAUGGUCCAAUAUCGGGACUACCUGUAGUUCCCGAAACGGCUAUAAGUGGGACACACAGUGUGGACAGUUUCCCUGCAAAACUGCCACCAAUAACGCCACCCAUUGACAACAUUCACAAUCAAGGUUCCGGAUCUGGAUUUGAACGUCCAAUAGAGCCAUCUCAAGGGGUAGGCAUUCCCGCCGCCCCAUUUUCACCAAACAAUGACAUUCCCAAUCAAGGCAACGAAUUUGGAUUUGGAACGUCAUUAGAACCAAUACCCACACCAAUAAAUCCACGCCCAGAAGAUAUACCCCUUGGACCAAUACAAUUAGGUGCAGUUGAAAUGCCUGCCCCUGGUGUACCUGACAUACGUGAUGUACCUCAGGCCAAUAACGUCUUUGAACAAGGCAAUAUCGAAAACCAAAUUCAACUUUUACAACCCCCUACUGGUCAAUCGAAUCAAGGACCAAAUCCCUCUGACUCAGCAGCCGCGAAUCAGCUCUUUGACGCGCUCCAAAACGAUAUAAACGUAUUUAAUACCGCUCCAGUCGGAACUCCAAACGAAGAAAUUCCACCGCCAUUCAGAACUACUCCAAUAGAAAUAGGAUCCACGGGCGGUGGUGCAUCCAGUCCGGACGGUGGAGUAAUAUCUGCAAAUGGGCCACCAAAAGAAGUACCCAUGAACAUGGCCAAUGAUGUAAAUAAUAUAGACUUUCAUGAGAGUUUCAGAAGGUUUUUAGCACUGCAAAAUGUACAAUUAUGGAACACAAUGCAAGAGUUUGACCUUAAGUCAUUCAACAAUGAAGGCCUGCCUGCACAGGUAAAUAAUGGCAUGCAAUUAGCAGACGUUGAUUUUCCGCAAGUUUCAAAUGUCGUAGAUUCACGACCAGUUAAUACUGGCAAUAUGCAAGGAAUAGCGUCAAGUGGGACGGCCACGAUGCAAGCACGUCAAGAUGUAGCGAUGGGAGGUUCAAUGCCUACAGGUGCACAGCAGUUCCCAGCAGGUUUUGUUGAAGAUUUUCCAACAACCACGCCUUGGCCAACACUUCCCACCAUGGAUCCCGUUAGAAAAUCUGAGCUCCAGGCUUUUAGUGGCAAUUUUCUGAGAGGAAUUGUUGGUCGAACAACGUAAAUAUAAAAUGAAAGAGUUUUUUAAGUGUAUAAAUAUUUAUCAUUGCUUACUGUUAUAUGGUUUGUCAGCUAGUGCAUGUUUAUGUAAUAGGUUGUGUGUACUGAACGCUUUAUAAAAUUUGUUCAAACAGUGUAUUUGACAUGUUUGUAUUGCUUCACGCAUGCGUAAUUAAGCACUUAUGCGUCUCAAAUCGGAACACCUCGGCCAUAUCCUCCAUACGACGAGCCGUGCAUCACUCGUUCGUGAAUUCAAAAACAGCAGCAGCAGCAACAACAUCAAUAACAAUACAAUAAUUUAUUAAUGCAUAAAUAAUUACGACUCGUAAAAGUAGUCCUUAGGCUUAAGUGCUUAAUUACAGUAACUACUCGCUCUACUCGCAGCGUAGUGAAAUGUAAAUAUUUCUGACAUUGUAAACCGUUCAUAUACCGAUGAUGCUCCGGUUUCCGCGUCUCCCGUUAUGGUGCUGUUUUAAUUUUACUAUUAAUAUUACGUUUUUAACCUAAUAACAAUUACAUGCAUGCAUUGUGUGAAAAAAAUCCAAACUUUCCAUGUAUCUACACCUUUACUAAGCACGUGUCAGUGGUUGUCUACGACAUUCUGGGACAGCCUUCGUAUAAUAGAUUAUUCAACUGAAAUUGUCAUUCGUUUAGUUUAAACUUUUUUUCUGACAACGAUUUUAAAGAACGUUACAUCAACUCAUGCUUAGUCACUUCCGUGCAAAAGGUGCUGCACGAGAGUGUGUCCUGUGUGUGUGCGUGUUGGGGAGGGGGAGUGCCCGGAGGAAACGCACUAGCUAUAGUCCGACUUCGUGACCACCAACUAAACUCUUAUAGACCAAGAGCGGGAAUUGACCCCUACGCUAACUGGAGUGUUUUGGCUGAAUGUUUCUCGCGAAAUUCAAUUUUCGGCUUAUAAUAAAUGCAUUACACGUGUAGAUAUAUCAUUGUAAAUAACCAUGUAUUUAAUUCCUUUUGUUGAUGUGAUAAAUGAUCAAACUUGAA